AUGGCAGGAUACACAUCAAAGCUCAGUUCAGAAGAAAUUUUAGAACUUCUUUUGAAUGGAGACGUGUCAGAUCUUGAGAUUAGUGAGGAGGAGGAUGGUGAUUUUGAUCUUGCAGAUGAUGCUGUGCAACAAUCGAAUGUUCCUUCCCCAAGUGAACAGAGUAGCAGCUGCACUGAUAAUUCUGAUGAUGACGAGAGUUCUUCGCAGAAUCGCAGGAUGUUUUGGGACAAAUGCGAAAGGUUUGAGGGACUCCAGGCUACCUUCUCGCCCACGGAAGUUGCAGAACAUAAUGAGAAGCAGAUCAAGGACUACUUUCAGCAAUACUUUGACUUGGCCUUUUUUAAGGAUACUUCUGAACUUACCAAUAUGAGAUAUUUACAGCAGACUGGAACGUCUUUAAAGCUGUCUGCCAAGGAAUUGCGGGCUAGUACCAAGUGUGGUGGUGGUGGUGGUGGUGGUGGUGGUGGUGGUGGUGGUGAUGAUGAUGAUGAUGAUGAUGUUUGUCACGUGGGGCGACCUAAAGUCACGUGGGGCGACCCAAAGUCACGUGGGGCGACCCAAAGUCACGUGGGGCGACCCAAAGUCACGUGGGGCGACCCAAAGUCACGUGGGGGCGACCCAAAGUCACGUGGGGGCGACCCAAAGUCACGUGGGGGCGACCCAAAGUCACGUGGGGGCGACCCAAAGUCACGUGGGGGCGACCCAAAGUCACGUGGGGGCGACCCAAAGUCACGUGGGGGCGACCCAAAGUCACGUGGGGGCGACCCAAAGUCACGUGGGGGCGACCCAAAGUCACGUGGGGGCGACCCAAAGUCACGUGGGGGCGACCCAAAGUCACGUGGGGGCGACCCAAAGUCACGUGGGGGCGACCCAAAGUCACGUGGGGGCGACCCAAAGUCACGUGGGGGCGACCCAAAGUCACGUGGGGGCGACCCAAAGUCACGUGGGGGCGACCCAAAGUCACGUGGGGGCGACCCAAAGUCACGUGGGGGCGACCCAAAGUCACGUGGGGGCGACCCAAAGUCACGUGGGGGCGACCCAAAGUCACGUGGGGGCGACCCAAAGUCACGUGGGGGCGACCCAAAGUCACGUGGGGGCGACCCAAAGUCACGUGGGGGCGACCCAAAGUCACGUGGGGGCGACCCAAAGUCACGUGGGGGCGACCCAAAGUCACGUGGGGGCGACCCAAAGUCACGUGGGGGCGACCCAAAGUCACGUGGGGGCGACCCAAAGUCACGUGGGGGCGACCCAAAGUCACGUGGGGGCGACCCAAAGUCACGUGGGGGCGACCCAAAGUCACGUGGGGGCGACCCAAAGUCACGUGGGGGCGACCCAAAGUCACGUGGGGGCGACCCAAAGUCACGUGGGGGCGACCCAAAGUCACGUGGGGGCGACCCAAAGUCACGUGGGGGCGACCCAAAGUCACGUGGGGGCGACCCAAAGUCACGUGGGGGCGACCCAAAGUCACGUGGGGGCGACCCAAAGUCACGUGGGGGCGACCCAAAGUCACGUGGGGGCGACCCAAAGUCACGUGGGGGCGACCCAAAGUCACGUGGGGGCGACCCAAAGUCACGUGGGGGCGACCCAAAGUCACGUGGGGGCGACCCAAAGUCACGUGGGGGCGACCCAAAGUCACGUGGGGGCGACCCAAAGUCACGUGGGGGCGACCCAAAGUCACGUGGGGGCGACCCAAAGUCACGUGGGGGCGACCCAAAGUCACGUGGGGGCGACCCAAAGUCACGUGGGGGCGACCCAAAGUCACGUGGGGGCGACCCAAAGUCACGUGGGGGCGACCCAAAGUCACGUGGGGGCGACCCAAAGUCACGUGGGGGCGACCCAAAGUCACGUGGGGGCGACCCAAAGUCACGUGGGGGCGACCCAAAGUCACGUGGGGGCGACCCAAAGUCACGUGGGGGCGACCCAAAGUCACGUGGGGGCGACCCAAAGUCACGUGGGGGCGACCCAAAGUCACGUGGGGGCGACCCAAAGUCACGUGGGGGCGACCCAAAGUCACGUGGGGGCGACCCAAAGUCACGUGGGGGCGACCCAAAGUCACGUGGGGGCGACCCAAAGUCACGUGGGGGCGACCCAAAGUCACGUGGGGGCGACCCAAAGUCACGUGGGGCGACCCAAAGUCACGUGGGGCGACCCAAAGUCACGUGGGGCGACCCAAAGUCACGUGGGGCGACCCAAAGUCACGUGGGGCGACCCAAAGUCACGUGGGGCGACCCAAAGUCACGUGGGGCGACCCAAAGUCACGUGGGGCGACCCAAAGUCACGUGGGGCGACCCAAAGUCACGUGGGGCGACCCAAAGUCACGUGGGGCGACCCAAAGUCACGUGGGGCGACCCAAAGUCACGUGGGGCGACCCAAAGUCACGUGGGGCGACCCAAAGUCACGUGGGGCGACCCAAAGUCACGUGGGGCGACCUAA